AUGUACUCUCACCACUCUCACUCGUUGGAUUACAUUGCACAUGGGGUUGAUUGUCUUGAAGACGUGAUUGCCAGAGCGAAUGAUAUGAAUUUUGAAUUGUUCUGUCUGACGGAACAUAUGCCUCGCAUAGAUAGCCAAUACCUAUACCCGGAGGAAGUUUCGAAUCAGAAUGGCGAAGACAUAGAAACUCUCCAGGAACAGUUCAGGAGAUUCUUAGUUCAUGCUUCAGAGAUCAAAGCUCGAGAGCUACCAACAAAGUGUAUCAUAGGCAUGGAGGUUGAAGGGUGUGAUUCGAAUCACAUUUCAUAUGCAAAGAAGCUGAUGGAGAAAAACAAGCACGUAUUGCAAUUUUGUGUAGGCUCCGUUCAUCAUGUUAAUGGAAUCCCGAUAGAUUUUGAUCAGGCUGAGUGGAAUCGAGCGCUCGAAUUUGUAGGCAACAAUCUAAAAACGCUAAUAAAAGACUACUUUGAGCUCCAAUACAAACUUAUCAAGGAGAUGAAACCGCUUGUAGUUGGACACUUUGAUCUUUUUCGACUGUACUGCUCUAAAGAGGUCUUUAUCGACAUAGAAACUGGCCAGAGGGUCGAUCAAAAAUUCAAAAACGCUAUCUGUGCUGCCGACAUAUCGUUUGCAGAUGUUUGGGACGAUGUCAGAGCCCUUGCAGUAAGGAACCUGGAGGCAAUUGCUUCUUAUGGCGGUCUCAUUGAAAUAAAUACAUCGGGUCUACGCAAGAAAUUGCGAGAUCCCUACCCCCAUAGAGAUUUUGCAAAGCUGGCGAAGACAAUAAUUGGAACAAGAUUUGUGCUGAGCGAUGACGCUCAUGGUGUUUCUCAUGUUGGUGUUUGUUAUAAUAAAGCAUUGGAGUACAUCGACAAGACCAUUGAACUUGAUCGGCUACAUUUUCUCAAAGAGGAAGAUGGUGCUCUUAAAGUUGGUUGCAUUGGCAUUGAAGAUUUCAAAAAGGCUCCGUUUUGGAAAAGAUACAACGAGGUUUUACGAAAAGAAAGUUGA